AUGUGUACAUCAAAUAUUGGUAAUAUAAACGAUAAAGCAAAAUUUAUUCGAGCUGUUGAAGAAGCUUUUUUUAUUCUUGAUCGGAAUAAAAAUCGAUCUGUAAAUCCAGAAGAUUUUUGUGCUAUUGCAAAAUCUCUUGGAAUAGAAUUAGAUUCUAAUGAAGCUUUAUUACUUCUUCGUACAGCUCUUGGUGAACAAACAGAUGAUCAUAUACCUGAAACAACAUUAACUGUUGAUCAAUAUUCAGCAUUAAUGCUUCGUCAUGUUGGUUCAAUCGAAUUAAAUGAUGAAUUACGACAAACAUUUGAUGUUUUAGAUCGUGAUCAUGAUGGUAAAAUUUCUCGACACGAUAUGAAUCAAUUACGACAAGAAAGUGAAUUUUUUGAUACACUCGAUGAUGAACAAUAUGAAUUAAUUAUUAAAGAAUUAUUAAUUCAUGGAAAUAAUGGAAUUAAUUUCGAUCAAUUUGUUCGUUUAAUGAUGCAAUAA